GCACAGUGUUGGACUCGGUGUUGUUCUGAGCACCUGCCGUGUUGGAACAGCUCUGGGGGCGGUGCUACGUGAGAGAGUUGAACGCAAACUCGGAGUGAGAGUUGGUCCAACAUCCGGUCUCUGACGGCGGUUUUUCCUCCUCAAUUCGCAUGGCGAGACGACAAGUCGGAUAUUUCGAAUACACUAAAAACGCUCCUGUGAUGUGCCAUCAUGUUGCUGAAAGUUAAAUACGAGAGUACUAAGAAGUACGUCAGAUUACAGGCAGGUUUCACCUAUCGGGAAUUCAUCAGUGAAGUCAAAAGUAAGUUUGGGCUUCCUGAUUCAGCUGAACUUCAGGUUUUUGAUGAAUCUGACACAGCAGUGGAGGAGGAUGUUCUUCUUGAACUGAUAGAAGCCAGUCCGAACAUAUGCCUGACUGUAUGUGACAGCUUAUUGGGAGUUUUCUCUCCUUUAGAUCAUUCAACACCAUCUUCCCUCACUGAUACCAUCUCUCUGUCAUCAAGUGACACUGAUCUUCACAAAGAGUUAAGUAUUCCCACUGUCGGAAAUGGAUCGAGGUCUGAGGUCAGAAACAGAUCUACUACAGAGGUUUCCGAGUCCGAGGCUGCAAAAGAGAUGGUAGAAAAUGCCUUGCGUGUAAAGCCUGGCGGUGAGGAUGUUCUCGGAGAGUAUCAGUCAAACAAUUCACUGACACAUCGUACCCGGAGGCAACUUGUCAACAUAUUGGCUAGCCAUAUGACUGAGAACCAUGGGAGGAUUCCUUCCCGCAAGCAUAAGGAGAAGUAUGCCCUGGGAAUCGUGACACUUUUUCCUUCACUCAAAGAUCCUUUUUCUCCAAAGGGCUAUCUAAACCAAGACUUUGUACUGCUGUUUGGAGUGGAAACGGCCGCCAAGAUGCUUGAGAAGUGGGACACAGCAUUCAAGCCCAAGGUUAUUGAAGAGGCAAAACAUCUGACUCAGACAACUGAAGUGUGUCAACUUCUGAAAGCUGCUGAAAAACUUGCGGUCAAUGAUGACACCAACUGGGACAGUGACAUGGCUUCUCUGCUGCUGCUUCUCCAUCUUCUGCCACCCACUGCUGGUCGGAAAAGGAUCAAAAUAAGUCCCAGUGAUGCUGUUGGAAAAAUGGUCCACUUUCAUAAGUCAUGCUGCAGCAUUGAAGAACACUUGCGAGAACGAGAGGGUAAACAACCAUACAUCCUUGCUGUUGGCCGAACCAAGAUCAACAUUGAAACUUUCUACAUUGUCGUGGACAAACAGCUCAUUCCCUGCCAAGCCACCAGCUCUUUGGGUGCUUUCGAUGAACUGUUUAAAUCCCACUAUGUUUUCAACCUGUCCUAUGAUGAGUCCCUGAGCCCACUGUACACUUUUGUGCAGACAACCAUCUAUAAUAUCGAUGCGACAACAACAGAUGAAUCUCCAAGAGUUCGUGAGUUUCGGGCUAAACUCUUCAACUAGGUUUGAAAAAUGUUGAAAUGUUUCAUUUGUCAGGCUGAACAUGUGGCCAGCAAGUCUUUGAUAACCCAUUUAAGACUUGAUCACAGUUUCUAUCCAAGCACCAGGUUUAAGUUGACUUGUGUUCAAGAUCGUUGUAGGAGGCAAUUUUCAACAUAUUCAGGCUUCAAAAAACAUCUAGCAACUGUUCAUGAAAAUAUUUCUCAGAGUGGUGUUUCUACAAGUUCAGUGUCCUUUCAGACUGAUGAUCUUGAAGAUGUUAGUGGGUCAGAUGUGGUGAUGAGUCAAGAGGCUGGAUGUUCUGAGAAUAGUGGGUCAAGUCUUCACAAGAACAAUGUUAAUCAUAUUUGUGCUUCACUUAUUGCAAAACUCCAAGGAAGUGGGGUGGCAAAUAGUGUUGUCUCAACAAUUGUUAAUGAUUUAGAGGAACUUGCAACCGGGCUUCACUCCCAAGUCAAAGAUGAUAUAUUGUCUGUUUUGCCUCAAGAUAAUCCUGCAAGAUCUACAUUAGAAGAAUCCCUGAACAGUUUUGAAAACCCAUUUCAUGACUUCAAUACAGAAACUAAAAGAAUGAAAUACUUCAAAGAAAAAUGGGGGCUUGUGGAACCUGUAGAAGUAAUGUUAGGUGUUCGAUUCGAUUCGAGGAGAAAUAAACAAACAGGCACUUAUGAUCAAGUUCCAGUGAAAGACACCUUUAUUUACAUUCCAAUUUUGGAAACAAUAAAGUUUAUGUGUCGCAAUUCGGAUAUCUGUAAGCUGCUAGGGGAACCACAUGCAUCAAAAGCCAACAUUUUAGAGGAUUUGUGUGAUGGAAGUUACUGUAAGACACAUCCAUUAUUCUCCAACCAACCAACCUCUUUACAAAUUCAGUUGUACUACGAUGACUUCGAAACCGCCA